UACAUGGUAAGGGUAAUUUGUGUUAUUGACUUGACUCUUUGUUCAUUGAAGCGGAGCGACAUUUUGUUACUACUGGAACUAGUUUGUCUGAAACAAGAGCAAACCAACUAAAAACUUUGUUUUAUUCUUCAGUCAAAAAUGCGUCCUAGAAUUCAAGUAAAAUAUGUUACAGAACACAUGAACUAUUUAAAAGAAAAUAUACACGUCAUUAAACCUGUGGUUGAAGCUUUACAAAUUGCAGUACAAAACAGUAAGACUUGGUUAAAAGAUAACAGUGACAACAAAUCUGUGACAUACUGUGAUCUUUGUCAAGAACUUGAAUCAGCAACCACAGCCAUGUUGGAUGUAGCGGAACAUAUUUUAAACGAAAAUAAAGACACUGUAGGUACUGAAGGAAGGUCAUUUUCAUCUCAGUCUACACCACAAACUACAGCAACAGAAAAACGUGACAGUAGUGAAUCAACAGAUCAUAAUCUUAAAGAACUUCAUCAAUUACCAGACGAGGACAACAUGGAUGUCAACAAACCAACGCCAUCUUUACCACAGCCUGACACACAGACAACAGCAACAUUUCUAACAGUAGAAUCACCAAGACAACUCAAGACACAAGUUCAACAUACAGCUGUUGAAGAACAUCCUGACCUAGAGCGUAGACUCGCCUAUAUUGAAACAACACUAUCUUCACUACAAGACACACAACACAAGUCUACAGAUGACAUAUCAGAAAUAAAACUAUGGAGAGACAACUUUGUAACAGAACAGAGUGACAUGGGGGUAAACAUUGAACAACUGACUAAAAAACAAAUGCAGAAUUUUAAAAACCUUAGAAAACAAAUGAGUGAACAAGAUAACAAAGUAAAAGAGCUGAACAAAGAAAUUGAAAGUUUAAAAGAAAAAGAAUCAAAGUCAAACAAAACACUAGAGAAACUGUCUCAAGAUAUACAAGAAUAUAAAAACAACGUACACAAAUUAAAUAAAGAGAUGCAAGAUUACACAGACAAAAUAGACAGUUUAACAGAAGAAAUUAAAAGACAUUCAGAUCAGAUGGUUGCCCUACAAGAAGAGAGUUAUAAAAUCAAGCUCAAUACAUUAACACAAUUAGAAAAGUACAGUUUAAUGAUCAAGCUUCUGCAACAGAGAUUGAUGCCCAUUGACAAACUGAUUCAAAUAUUUAACGAGAACUUGGAAGUCAAGGGAAGGAAGAAUAACAAAGAGUCACGUGUAUGUAACAGAUAUGCUUGUCAUGUACAGCUUGAUGAGCCUACACCUGUCAGUGAUAAAUCAAUUAUUUCAACAUUUAGGGAGGUACGUGAAUAUAACGGUCAACAUUUUAAUCGAAGAACAGGAAAAUUUGUAUCACCACAUGAUGGUUUAUAUCUUGUCUGUGUCACUCUACAUAAAUGGGAAAAUAAAAAGAUUAGAGUUGGUGUGAUGGCUGGAGGCAGGUGGUGUAACUCUAUAGAAGUGAAAUCUGCCGACACUAGCGCUGUUGGGUCAGUGGUUGUUGACAUGAAGAAAGGUCAAGAAAUGUACCUUGAAGUGUUUCUCGCUGGUCAAGGCGCAGCUUUAUCCUGCCUCAGUAGUUUUACUAUCGUAAGUUUAUAGAAGUACAACACCAAACAUAGUGGAUGGUAAAUUAUCAAAACAAUAAAACAUAUAACCACCAUGUUAAACACAUGCUAACAACUUUAUAUGUGUAGACUACAUGUCUACAAACAGUUGCAUGAUUUAUAUGUUGUUUUUUAAGUCAUCAUUUUCUUUCAAUAGAUUUAAUGUGAUCACUAAUUAUGUGUUCUACGUAACCACAAUGAUUGUAAAUCAAUAACGUUAUAGAAUAUAAGAUAACUCUGUUUUGUAUGUACUGUCUCAAUCACUGUAUUUGGGCGUUAUGUGU